AUGGAGAACAAGCAUACAGAGGAGUUGGUGGCUAGGAUAAAGAAGCAACUCCUAGGAAUUGGGUCAUUACCAUCUUCAUAUGACACGGCAUGGGUAGCUAUGGUGCCCUUGCCAGGCUGCCCUUACGCUCCACGUUUCCCUCAAUGUGUUGAAUGGAUAUUGCAAAACCAACAUGAUGAUGGAUCUUGGGGUGUCAUCGAAUUUGGCUUAUUAGGCAACAGGAAGAAUAUUUUAUUGUCCACAUUGGCAUGUGUUCUUGCACUCACGAAAUGGAAUGUUGGCCAAGAGCACAUAAGAAGAGGAACUAAUUUUAUUAGAACAAAUUUGUUCAUUGUGAAAGAGCAAAGUCCUGCUCCUAUGGGCUUCAAUAUCAUUUUUCCUGGUAUGCUUAGCCUUGCAAUUGAGAUGGGUUUGCAGUUUCCUGUUGGAAAAACUGAUGUUGAUGAUAUUCUUCACCUUUGGGAUAUGGAAUUGAAAAGAAUACGUAUGGGUUUACCACUGAAACGGGAGAAUUCUUAUGGGAGAGAAGCAUAUAUGGUAUAUGUUUCUGAAGGGUUAGGAAACCUACUAGACUGGAGUGCAGUUAUGGAAUUCCAGAUAAAGAAUGGAUCGUUUUUCAACUCUCCUGCCAUGACUGCUGCUGUGUUAGUCCACCACUAUGAUGAUAAAGCUCAUGAUUACCUACAUUCGGUCGUCAGUAAGUUUGGAAAUGCAGUACCAAUGGUAUACCCACUAAAUAUAUAUUCCCAGCUUUCAAUGGUGGAUUCGAUUGAAAAGUUAGGAAUUUCUCAUCAUUUUUCUACUGAGAUAAAAAGCAUCCUAGACAUGGCAUACAGCUUAUGGUUAGAGAGAGAUGCGGAAAUCAUGUUGGAUGCAGCAACAUGUGCAAUGGCAUUUCGCCUUUUACGGAUGAAUAGAUAUGAUAUAUCUUCAGGUGAACUGUCUCAUGUUGCUGAAACCUCCAAUUUCCAUAAUUCACUGGAAGGGUACUUAAAUGAUACAGAAUCUAUCUUGGAAUUGUACAAGGCUUCAAAAGUCAAUCUUUCAGAGAAUGAAUUGAUCCUAGAUAGCAUAGGCCACUGGUCUGGCAGCUUACUGUCGCAAAAGUUGUGCUCCGAUGGGGUGCAAACUUUUUCAAUCAAAGGAGAGAUAGAAUAUGCUCUUAAGUUUCCCUUCUAUAUCACUCUAGAACGUCUAGAACACAAGAGGAACAUUGAAAAUUUUGAUGCCACUAGCUCUCACAUGCUUAAGGCGGAAUACCUGCCAUGUUGUGUCAAUCAGGAACUUUUGUCUUUGGCUACAGAAGAUUACGCAUUUUCGCAAUCUGUUUACCAGAAUGAACUCAUGUGUCUUGAUAGUUGGGUGAAAGAAAAUAGGAUGGACCAGCUACAAUUUGCACGGCAAAAGUUGACAUAUUGUUAUAUGUCCGCCGCUGCUACGAUAUUUCCUCCUGAAUUUUCUAAUGCUCGUAUAGCAUGGGCCAAAAAUGGUGUGCUCAUAACUGUUAUUGAUGACUUUUUUGAUGUUGGAGGGUCAAUGGAAGAAAUGGAAAACUUCACCUCAUUAGUUGAGAAGUGGGAUAAGCACCACGCAGAUGACUUCUACUCCGAGUCCGUAAAAAUACUAUUUUAUUCUCUCUAUACCACAACGAACGAGCUUGGAACAAUGGCUUCUGUGGUACAAAACCGUUGUGUUAGAAAUCACCUGAUAGAAACUUGGAAACACGUGUCAAGGUGCAUGAUGACUGAGGCAAAAUGGCAGAGGAGCAAAUAUGUGCCGACGAUGGAAGAAUAUAUGCAAACUGGGGUUGUUACCUUAGCACUUGGGCCCAUUGUGUUCUCAGCAUUAUAUUUUGUCGGGGAAAAGAUCUCCGGGUGUGUCGUCAAAGAUCAGGAACACGAUGAAUUAUUCAGGCUGAUGAGCACUUGUGGUCGUCUUCUAAAUGACAUCCAAAGCUUUGAGAGGGAGGGCAGUGAAGGGAAAUUGAAUAGUGUUUUACUACUUGUUCAUCAUAGUGGUGGUUCUCUGUCCACAGAAGCGGCUAAGAAGGCCAUACAGAAAUCCAUAGACACAUCCAGAAGAGACUUGCUAAGAUUGGUUCUCAAGGAAGACACGGUUGUCCCUACAGCAUGCAAGGAGCUCUUUUGGAAGAUGUGUAAGAUACUUCACCUAUUUUACCUUCAGACUGAUGGGUUUAGCUCACCCAAGGAAAUGGUCAGCGCGGUGAAUGCAGUUAUCAACGAGCCACUCAAAAUCUCAUUUUAG